GGUGAGCAUUCUUAACAACGUCUCGUUCAGUGAGCAGGCUCCCGACCGUCUGCUAAGGAGUGUUUCUAAAAUGACUGAAAGACAUUUGAACGGAAUAGGAGCCGACUGAAAAAACCGGAAAGACGUCAAGAAAGCAAUCCUGUUCCGCUGUCCUUGGUGUUCCCCCCACACAACACGAGUUCUAAUCAUGAGCAUUGAAGAUGUUUAAUAAUCAUCUUUCAAGCGGAUCCGAGAGGGAAAGUUUACUCUUAACACACCACAGGAAACUCUGAUUAAAACACUGAGCCUCCACUUCCUGCACUGUGACGUUGAGCCUCUGUUCACCUACAUACUACUGCACUACUAAAAGAAGUGGAAGAAGAGCAACUGGCCUCGACUCACACUGGUCCUGGAUGGACCAGUAAAACUGUCCCUUUCUUCAAGUGAUAAGCGAUGUUUUUGGGAGCUGGAGGACGUAGCACCGUCAGCAGAGCGUGUGUGGAGCCCCUCCUCUCACUAUUUCCCAACACCCCUCCUGCCAUGGGAUGCCAGCCCUCUGCCUCCCUGCCCUGAGCUCUCCUGGGGUGUUAUGAACAGCUACAGAGACAGAGGGGUCACUUGCACCUCUUCGGACCUCCUGGAUGGAGGAGGGGGAGGCGGAGGAGGUGGGUUGCCUCAGCAAAAUCCAUUUCGCCACACCCCAAAUGGCCACCCAGCUCCAGGACAUACAGACCCUGCCAUCCCACGCAUCUCCGUGCCCAAAAUGGGUGUUCGGGCCCGGGCUGCAGAAUGGCCACCGCGCCGUGCACAGUCCAGGGAGUCGCUGCUUGAAAAUGGCCAAAUGGGCAACAACCACCAUGGAAAUCACUGCUGUGAUACAAUUUCCUCAUCUGUUUUAUCAUCGGAUGUUGGGUUGGUACGAGGAGGAGUUGCUAGAUUGCCAAGACGGUGGUCAAAGGAUGUAGAGUUCAGAGGAGGAGUGUUCGGCGGUGAAAAAGGUUCACCAUUGAACCUCAGAGUAUUUCCUCCGCUGAGACAACGCUCCAACAGUGAGGUGACGCUGAGUGAGCAGGACGAGAAUGAGGUGGAGGUCCGCGGAGGUGGUGGGAUGGGGACCCUGUUCAGAGAGUAUGGCAGCACCUCCUCCAUCGACAUCCAGGGCAUUCCUGAGCAGAGCUUCUUCGACAUGCUCAGCCAGUUCCACCAGGAGAGGCCGGACCAGCGCAGCUCUGCACCUUCACGACUCAGGGAGCUGCUGCGCGCCCCAGACACGAGCACGCCACUCCCCUCUGCUCCCUCACCUGGUCCCUUGGGUGGGGACGACAGGGGGUCAGGGAAGAAAGAUAGUUCAGAGAGAGUGAGGAAAAAAAGCGGAGGGACAGAGUCAUCACUAGGCACCUCCUCUUUGUUCAGGAAACUCAGGAGCUCUAGUCGUGGGGAGCUAGAUGGAGGUAAAGGAGAGAAUAAUGAGGAUGGGGCUUCAUACAAACCGUGGAUUUGCCCAAAAAGCUUUGUCCACUUUGAUGCUCAGAGCAUCCUGUUUGACCUCCAUGAGGCAGCCAGUCAGCGGGGCUAUGCUGCCCAGCGGAGGAAUACGGCCACUGGGGCAUCAGCUGCUUCAGUGUCCAUGUCUGUGUCCAGAACAUCAGCUGUGAAUGACCCGGUUUAUUCCAGUAUAGAGGACCUCACCCUCAGCCUCGACCCUGCAUCCACUACACCUUCUCUAGGCAUUGACCCCCUAGAUGGACCUCCAGGAGCCAACGGCUCAAGCCCGCUGCUCCUCUGCUGCCCCCACUUCCUCAAUGAGACCGGGGGCCACGGGGAGAGAAACAUUAGCUUCCUCAGCUCGUCAGCAGAGCGAGGAGGAGAUGGAGACGGACUGAGGGGCUGGCUCAGGAAGUGUAACGCUAGCGUGUCGGUGCUGGAGGUUCCUAUUGAACAGCAGGUGACGAGGCUGGAACGACUGAAACUGUACAGCAUUGAGCAUGUAGACCUGGGGGCCAGAUACUACAGAGACUACUUUCAUGGGAAAGAGCACUCAAACUACUUUGGGACCGAUGAAAAGCUGGGUGCCGUGGCUGUGAGCAUCCGCAGGGAGAAACUGGAUGACACCAAAGACCUGAAAGACCAGUACCAAUACCGGCUCAUCGUCAGAACCAGCGAGCUCGUGACCCUGCGAGGCUCCAUAUUAGAGGAUGGAGUAGCAUCUACGGGGAGGCACGGGACAGUGAGGGGUCUGCCGCUCAAAGAGGUUCUGGAGCAGGUUGUCCCUGAGCUCAACGUGUCCUGUUUGAGACUCGCAGUCAGCUCACCCAAAGUCACGGAGCAGCUCCUAAAACUGGAUGAACAGGGGUUAAGUCAGAAGCACAAGGUGGGCGUUCUGCUGUGCCGUGCAGGCCAGAGCACAGAGGAGGAGAUGUACAACAACGAGGAGGCGUCGCCCGCCUUCUCUGCCUUCCUAGAGCUGCUGGGGGAACAAGUGCUCCUCAAAGGAUUCACCAAAUAUGCUGCACAGCUCGACACAAAGACUGACUCUACGGGCACCCACUCCCUUUACACCACCUACCAGGGCUAUGAGGUCAUGUUCCACGUGUCCACCAUGCUGCCCUACAUGCCCAACAAUCCCCAGCAGCUCCUGAGAAAGAGGCACAUAGGGAAUGACAUCGUCACCAUCAUCUUUCAGGAGCCGGGAGCUCUGCCUUUCACCCCUCAGAACAUUCGCUCACAUUUCCAGCACGUCUUCGUUAUUGUGCGUGUGCACAAUCCUUGCUCUGAAAACACCUGUUACAGUGUUGCCGUUACCAGAAUGAAGGAUGUGCCUCCCUUUGGUCCACCCAUCCCCAGCGGCGUCACCUUCAGGGACCCAGAAACCUUUCGUAAUUUCCUCCUAGCCAAAGUUAUCAAUGCAGAAAACGCCGCGCACAAAUCAGAAAAGUUCCACACCAUGGCGACAAGAACGCGGCAGGAGUAUCUGCGGGACCUUGCUGAGAACUGCGUCACCAGCACUCCGCUCGACUCAGCUGGAAAACUCAACAACCUCAUCUCGCUUGCAUCCAAAAAACGCGAGCGCUCUAAAGCGAGAGAAGGGGCGGAGUUUGGGGCGGCAGGAGCCGUCGCAUGGAGGGUCUUGGCCCAGGAUUUCAGCGGAGGUGGGACAGAGCUCCCCUGUGCCGUGGGUUUUUCAGCUGAGUACAUCCUGCUGAUGGACUGCUCCACCAAAGAGGUGGUGUUUAACUGUUUCUGUGCCGACGUCAUUGGGUGGACACCAGAGCGGCUGUCGCUCAGGAUCUUCUACGGCAGAGGAGACCACAUUGCGGUGCGGGUACCUGAGGGCUGCGCUCAGGACAUCAGGGAGAUGGUGCAGAGGCUAAAGUCUUUAACAGUGGGGUGUGAGACGGUUGAUAUGACUCUGAGAAGAAACGGACUGGGACAACUGGGCUUCCAUGUUCGCUUGGAUGGCACUGUGGCCGAGGUGGAAGAGUACGGCUUUGCCUGGCAGGCGGGGCUGAGACAGGGCAGCCGGUUGGUGGAGAUCUGCAAAGUGGCGGCGGUGACGCUGACUCACGAGCAGAUGAUCGACCUGCUGAGGACGUCAGUCACAGUAAAAGUGGUCAUCAUUCCUCCAUACGAAGAGGGCGGGCCUCGCAGGGGCUGCACAGAGGAGUAUGAGAUGAAAACCAUGGAGCAGAAGCCAGAACCUGAGCCUCUGGCAGCAGGCUACAGACCCUCCCCUCGCCCCACGUGGAGGUGGGACAGCCCACCCAUUCCUCCUGGGCUCCACAGUGUCCCAAACCCUCAGCGCUGGGCCCCCAUGGGCCCUCCACCUCCUCCACUGACACGCCCACACAAAACCCUGAUGCCUGUUCCUUACAGGGAGCCCCAGCACCUCAACUCAAAGAGGCCUGUGAGCUACCCAGAGAACCACUACAGUCUUUCUCCUGUAGGGGGCGACAGAGUGCUGCCCUACAGAAACCCCUCUGCCAGCUUCUCAUCCCCCUCCUCAGGCCUGGUCAGUUUGGCCACGAUGGGUCCGCCUGGGAUCACACCAGGCCCCUUCGUCCGCUACAAACCCUCACCCGACAGAUAUGGAACAGGACAGCGCCCCCUGCUGCCCUAUGAGCCCCACCUAAGCGUGGACAUCACCUCCAGUGGAGAAUCUUCCUCAGGCUUUACCAGUCAGGACAGCACCAUGGAGCGCUGUAAAACAGAGCCCCUUUGGCACGUCCCUGCCUCUCGGGGUCCGGGUGGUGGAGGAGGGCAGAGGAGACUGGCCAGACAGGAUGUCCCGGGGAAAGACUCUCCAAACAGACACUCAAAGGGUGAGACGCAGUACUCUAGCCACUCCAGCAGCAACACUCUGUCCAGCAACGCCUCGAGCAGCCACAGCGACGAGCGCUGGUUUGACGGAGGAGCUGGAGGAGAGCGAGGGGGCAGCGGGGGCUGUCUUAUUGACCCAGCUGACCCGGACCCUGACCUUCUUAACAAGGGAGGGUCUAACGACAGUGGCAUUGACGCUUCAGCCCACUACAACAACGCUCGCCACGUUUCAAAUAGCCAGUCCCACAAACCUGUGCACUCCUUCGCCACCUACAGUGGCAUGCAGGAGCUGUCUGUGGGACGGGGCAGCGGCGGAGGAGAGACAAGGAGACGAGAGUCUUCGCCAAUCAUACCAGCCUCGGCCAAUCAGAACAAAGGGUACAUGACGAAGACGUUCCCACCUCCUGGCUCCAGCACUGAUAAAAUGGAUGCUUUUAAACCCAGGGCCUACACACCGCAGGGUUACAAGACUCCUACAGCAGAGAAAGCUCGGCCUGUCCGAGCUGCAACCACGACACCAACUUCAGCUCAGCUAGGCUCCACUCCUCUAUCCAGCUCAGCCCCAAAGUUCUCCUACAUGAAGGGCAGACAAACUGCCUGGCAGGGUGAAGAUAACGGCCCAUCGCCUUCAAAUGCAACCUCAACCUUCAGCUCAGAAAGCAACAACAGCAAAAAGCAGGUGGAUAUGAAUUCAAAGAACGUUUUUGGACAGCCUCGUCUCCGAGCAUCACUGAGAGACCUGCGUUCUCCAAGACGGACAUACAAAAGCACCAUUGAGGAUGACCUGAAGAAACUGAUCAUCAUGGACAACCCUGGAGAUAUGCCACAAAGAGAUCCAUCUCCCAGACGGACCUUGCAGCGCACUUUCUCAGACGAAUCUCUGUGCAGCGGGCGUAGAGAGGCCAGCUUCGCCAACUCUGAGAACCAGACGGCUCCCACUGAUGUAUUGUUCACCUGCACGCUGCCCACACGCAAACACGCCGCCUCCAACCACAUGCAGAGCAAGAAGGUGCCUCUGUCAGCCUCAGAGUUGUCUCUCACUGAAGUCCGAGACAAAGUCCCCCCUCUGAGGAGGCUGGACCCCGGGCUGAUGCCUCUCCCUGACACAGCCUGUGGACUGGAGUGGUCCAGCCUGGUCAACGCUGCUAAAGCCUAUGAAGCACAAAGAGCCGUUUCCCUCUUCUCACUGAAUGAGCCGCAGGUCGGAGGUCCAGACAUGAGACCAGUCAUAAGUCCAGUCCAGUUUCACACUCCUCAGACUCCUCGCACCACGCCCACCUUCAGCUGCGACGAGGUGCCCAACGAUUUGUCUGGUCGGCUCUACCACCUGGAAGUGAUGCUGAAGCAACUCAACAACGACCUGGAGAGGGAGAAGCAAGAUAAAGUCAUCCUGUUAGCAGAGAUGGCCAACCUGAGAGAGAACAACCAGCGUCUGCAGGAGGAGAGCCUUACCGCCAGCGAGCAGCUCCGAAAGUUCAGCCGUCUUUUUACAAACGUCAAGACUGAGAGCGACCAUGAGGCUCACUCCUUAAUGCAUGAACAUGACUCAAAGAGGGAGUGACACCAGCACCUGCAACAGGAGGAGAAGAAGUGUGAGAAUCCAGGCCACAGAGGGAGGAAAACUGAGAGAAAUCCUGUUUCUUUGCACACACAGGGGCGGCAGAGGUUACAGUGAUGUUACCUCACACAGCUUCCACUGGACUGCCUUAAACCACAAAGAGAGCGAGAGAAGAAAAGAUUUAUAAAAUGCAACACUCUCAGAGAGUCUCCCCUAGCCUGUUCUCUCACACACGGAGCAGAGAGCCUCCCUCUCUGUAGCCUGAGCCCGUUUAUUUUUAUAAACUGAAGUCUUGUAUACCUGUCCCAUGUAAAUACCUAUCUACUAUGCCGGAGGAGUGAGUGGAGAAGGAGAACCUGACUGUUUAAAAGAACACUACAUCACCUGGAGAGGCCUAAUACUGUUCCUGCAGCAAAUCAGCCAAAAACUAAAGACUCGUUACAGACUGCAUCUCCCAGAAUGCACUAGAAUUAAAAGAGACUCUACAGACAUGGUACUGUAGAUAGAUGUGGUACAAUUCUCAUGUAUCAACAUUACCUAUAUUGUACUGAUAUUGUAUAACAGUUGUACUAAAGACGUGUGCGUGUGUACAGAUGGUACAGAUACUCAGAAGCAUUAAGGCACAACUUUGUGCUAAUUUUAUUUCCCUUUGGUUUGUUUGUGUGUGAGAGGCUGAAUGUGAUGGAUGUCUGAGUGAUGAACAAACUAGUUUACUUCCUGUAAAACCUUUGGGCCACAAUAUUUUUACUUUCCUGUGUGAACAUGGACUAACCACGGCCCUGACAUGUGAAACAAGCCAUCAGCGAGUGUAAACAGUCCAUGUCAUAAGGCUCAGAGAUCAAUCUGAAUAGUUUCAUAAUGUAGUGAUAGUUAUGAUUCCAGCUUUCAUGUUUUCAGCAGUGCUGCAUCAUCUCAAAUCGAAUUGUACUGAAAUCUUAUUUUAACCUACAUAUUUGAAAUAUUUCUAUAUCAUAAUAAUUAAAACAAUAGUUUGGCAUUUGGGGUAAAAUGCUCUCAUUUUCCUUAUGAUGUAGAGUGAGAUUAACUUUCUUUUUUAAUAUGAAGCUGUUUAGCUUAGCCUAGCUAAGCUUAGCAUAGCAAAAAGCCUAAACAGACAGAAGAUGGUUAGCUUUGCUUCGCCUAAAUACGACCAAAGCAGCUUUGCAGCACUUAUAAAGCUCCCUGACUAACACAUUUACUCUCAUUUUUAUAAAUAACAGCAUCGCUGCCCUGAAGUAGAGUAAUUUUGUUUUUGUUUGGUGAUAUUUGUUGCAACUGACUUCUUGGGGUCCUGCUCCAUUCAUCAGAGCAUCUGUUAGCUCGAGCAAUUACAUAACUUAAAAAGUGAUCAAUAAGCUACCUCAGCUACUUUCUUUAUACAUUCAUUCGCUUGUUUUACCUCUCGACAGGUUUUACUUUCUAUUGAAAGAAGUUACAAAAAUAUACAAAGUAAUAAAGUGAGCUUUGUAGCUGCUGUGUAGAAGAUUUUGCCUCAGGUUGACAGGUCAGUGUAUUUACAGGCAACAGAGUUUUUAUUUGAAAUCAGAAAUUUCAAAUCAAGAAACAAAGUGUUUCCUUAUUCAAAUUUAAACUUGGGAAAAUACCUGCCCUUGGCUAUUUAAUGCAGUGCAUACUCAGUUGGGAAUUGAAAAUCAGAACAUGAAUACCGAAUCACUAUUUUUUUCAGUUUCCUCAUUUUUGUUUUCCAACACAAAAUUGAAAAAAAUAGUUUGUCUUGCAUCUUGUUCUUUUAAAUAUCUGAUCAAAAAAGGAAGUUCAAAUAAUGAAACAUUGGUGAUGUAACAUUCUCCUUUUAUGAACACCUGCAGCAGGUCACACAUACAGGAAAAACAAAAGAAUGUUACAUCAAGUGUUGUUUUUUUAUCGUCCUUAUUCUAUUAGAACAUUAAAAAGUAAGAUGAAAAAAUUCCCUUUUAUCAUUCGUUCAUUGUAGAAAACAAAAAAACUGAAAAAGGAAAUUUGUUUGUUUUUUCUGUUUUUUGAUUCUAAAAUUGAUGUGAACUGCUUGAAAGUGCGAAGGACAUGCUAUUUCAUUUUUUUAUAUUUAAACCAUAAUUGGGAAACCACUUGUGUCUUGAUUUUGGAUUUCUGAUUUCUAAUUAAAAAUCUGUUGGCGAUAAAAUCUACUGACCUUGGCAGAACUGAACUAGUUGCUUUGACUCCAAUCGUCUUCAUGCUAGGCUUAUCUCUCUUAACCUCACAUGAGAAAUGUGAAGAACAUAAGUGAAGUUUGGGCUUUUCAUCAAACUCACUUCCUGAAUUUGGUUUGCAUUUCCCAAAAAAGCCAAACUAUUGUUAUUAUUUAUUCUUUCAGCAUAGCCAGCUAAUGGACAUGAAUCUGUAAAUGAAUCUGACUGGACAACACUGAAGCUCCUUCAUAUCAGAACUGCUUUGUUUGUUUGUAUGAGUGUAGUGGAGAGAGUGGGUAUGUGAGAGGAUUUGUCCCUGUGUUCUGUGAUAAAACCCCAAAUGAACACAAACUACACUAUUUAUACUGCUAGCUUGCUCAAUGAUAUUGUCUACUAUAUCUAUUUUUCAUACAGAGACGCUGUGUUUUUUGGAUGCUGGUACUGAAAGGACAAAUCCUCCCUGCAGAGGAUGAAUCUUCUCUUUCUGUGUCAGUGCUGAUAUUUGUGAUCAAACUGAACUAAAUGAUCAUCUCCUGCUCUGCUCUAUAGAUCAGCUACUGUACUUCUUCCUGGUCAGACUGGAACUGUUGUAUUUUCACUUUCCCCUCACUCAGGUUACUAAGAUGCUGUUAAAGACACUAACCAUGUAGAUGUUCGGGCUGGGAUGCAGAUCACUUGUUUUCCCUUUAGGCAUAUUUGCAGGCCAAUCAGUGGUGAUUUUAAGACAAGUUUUAACUUUUUUAAUUAGUUGAUGGGUUUUUAAAGUGUUUCAUUUGCUGGAUUAGUCUAAAAUAGACAGUUUCUUAAUUGACCUUCCAUAACUGAUUUACACUGAUACAUGUUGAAAAAAGUUUUUUUCAUCCACAUCCCUAACCCUCAUUGUGAAAUAAAUCUCUCUGCACAAGAUCUGCAGUGAAACCAAACAGCCCUUUCCCACUGCUUUGCCUCUGCCUUUACCACAUCUUUUAUUCUCCUCCAGCUACUCGCGUUAACUUUUACAGCUGUUAAGUUUAAACCUGAGCCUGUUGUCACGUUUUUAGGCUAUAAUGAGGUUUGGUUUGUGCUCAGAACAACUUCUUUCUUCGUGCAGCUUCGCAGGUGUAGCUGUGAUUUUAGUAUCAGCCAGUCUCACUCAUUUGCUUUUGUAUAAUGGGCAAGGUUUAGUUAUUUUUAAUAUAAAUUUUGUUUAUAUUAUGUGUACUGUAAGCUAUUUAUAGCAUAGACAAAGAUCCCUGUUGAACAAAUUAAUAUUGCAUUAUGGUUAACGGUUAUAUUGUAUGCCUAGGUUUUUUUUUCUUUUUUUAGAUGUUAAAUAUUUUGAUAAUUUAUUUUUUAACACAUUCCCACUGUUGCAGACAAUAGUGAAGAUAAGAGGGUACUGUGUUUUAUUUGUGUAUGCGUUUUUUUCUUCUGAUCUGUGUACAAAACCUGAUUUGUAUGAUUCCUCGUUGUUUUCUAUUUUCUUGUUCUUCUUUGUGCGUCGGUGCUUCCUGCAUGUCGCAGAGGUACGAGAUGCACACAUGAAAAGGUGUGAUUCAAUAUUGUUUUCUUUGGGUUGUAUUAAUAACUUGUACAUUUAAAAGUGUAAAUUAUGUUUUCAUUAUUUUAUAAAAAAAAUAUAUAUUAAAAACAAC